GAAGGAGCAAACAUUUCGCUGCGUCUACAAAUCUGUGUACGCGACCAAUAAACCUUGAUAUGAUCGAUAGUCGCCAACUUGACAAAAGCGAUCCGCUCGAACGCGCCCUUCAGUUGAAGUGGUAACGUGACUUUUUGUUGAUACACGAGUUCACCAGAGGAGUAAAACGUAGUUAUAUUUUAGUGGUUUGUUUCUGUAUAUAGCAAAGACUUUACGUAGAACUCAAGCAUUCGAGUCUUUGUGAUAGUUAUGUAGCUAUUUGAACGAUAGUAGACAUCUGAUAUCCUUGGUCGAUUCGUCCAAUCUGUCCCAGUGCUAAUGCUAGCUAGCUAGCACAGUGCUCUCUCUCUAUCUUUUGUGUUGUUUCGGCUGCAGUCACUUUCUCUGACAUGGCCUCGCCUGCACCUGGAUCGGGAUUCCAGAACAAGAACCGUGUUGCCAUUUUGGCUGAACUGGACAAGGAGAAGAGACGCUUGAUACAAAACUCCUCCAUGAAUAACCCUGGAGCCAGCAUCCCUCUGUCCAGACCAGCCCUGAAUAAAGACUUCAGAGACCACGCGGAGCAGCAGCACAUCGCUGCCCAGCAGAAAGCAGCUCUGCAGCAUGCCCAUGCUCACUCUUCUGGAUUCUUCAUCACUCAAGACUCGUCCUUCGGGAACCUGAUCCUCCCGGUGCUGCCACGUCUAGACCCGCCUCCACCGGCAGAAUAACAGAAAGAAACUGCAAAAACACCCAACGGCUAAAAGCAGGUUUACAGAUCACCUGUUGGGUGUUAACGAAUGGCAGCAGAUCACCUGUUGGGUGUUGACGAAUGGCAGCAGAUCACCUGUUGGGUGUUAACGAAUGGCAGCAGAUCACCUGUUGGGUGUUGACGAAUGGCAGCAGAUCACCUGUUGGGUGUUGACGAAUGGCAGCAGAUCACCUGUUGGGUGUUGACGAAUGGCAGCAGAUCACCUGUUGGGUGUUAACGAAUGGCAGCAGAUCACCUGUCGGGUGUUGACGAAUGGCAGCAGGCCGCAGAUCACCUGUUGGGUGUUGACGAAUGGCAGCAGGCCGCAGAUCACCUGUUGGGUGUUGACGAAUGGCCGCAGAUCACCUGUUGGGUGUUGACGAAUGGCAGCGGGCCGCAGAUCGGCCGUCAUUUGUCCAACGAUUCUGUUGAAUUGCCACCGUUCAUCGACACCCGGCAGAUCAUUUAGUGGCGGUCGACGUUCGUUCUGGUGUUUUUUUUCCCUAACAGACAUAGUUUCUGAACAAGGUCUUGGAUUGUUAGUUGAAGCUAAGGGUCAUAUUAUUUUUGGUAUGGUGCACCGUACAUCAUGUGGUUUUGAAAGAUAUUGUCAUUUUUCUAACAUUUUUUAUAAAUGAAAAAAAGGCCUAAUCAAAUAAAGAUCAAGUCAA